AUGGGCUUGGAUAGUUCGAGAUGGGCCAAAUCUGACGAUGAGGAAACGAAAAAUGAUAAUAUUUCCAAGAAGAUGGAAAAGAAAUCGACAUUUGGUUUGAAAUCCUCAAAAUGGGCCAACGAUGAGCCACUAGAAAACUCGGUACAAGAAACAAAAGCAAUCUCCCGGGAAAAUAAUCAAAAUCAUCGAAGAAGUUAUAAACUGAAACAAAAAGGAGGAAAGAGUGAACAUCAAGAAAACUCUGCUGUGUAUUCAAAAGAUCUUCAAGGGUUUGGAAUGGCCCCUAUAAAUUUCAGAGCGUACGGCAAGAAAUCCCAUGAAGAAGAAGAAGAAGAAGAAGAAGAAGAAGAAGAAGAAGUUGAAAGUGAAUCAUCUGAUGGAGAAUAUGAAACAGAAGAAAAAUAUUGUAAUAAUUACAAAAAGGCUCCAAUUAAAUUCAAUCAGAGAAACACACGAAAGCCAAUAAACUUCAAGAAACACACUCCGCAUGCAUCUCCUGAAAAGAAGCAAAACAGAGUCCCCAAUAGUGCUUCGUCAAAUGACUCAUCUUUGUUCGAUAGAAUAGGCACUCCGUCUCGAAACCAUGAAACUGAUCUUUCAUCAAACGCAUUAUCUGAAGAAGAGGAGGACGACGCCAAGGAAGGAUACAAUAUAGAGGAAGAAGAGAAUGAUGAAGAACAUGUUUCUGGGAAUAUUGCUGAUUUGUCUGAAGGUGCCAAAUCAUUUGCUGCCAGAUUGGGCUUGGCUGUUAGUAUUACCAGCAAAAACGAAACCCAAAGAAACAACGAGAAUGCCAGGAAGGAUCGCGAAUUACAAAGACAACAAUACAAAUAUAAUCGGAUCAAUGAUAACCAUAGAAAAUGGGAAAACGCGACCAGGAGCCGUCGCAGCAACGUUCAUUCUGGCCACAAUUCAAGAGAAAGAAUCUCAUCAAAAGAGCGCACGUCAAUCAAUAACCAUGGCCGUGGAUCAAAACCAAAUAAAUCUUCGAAAGAUGUUGAGACAGAAAAGUUGAAAGAAUUGCAGGAUAAAAUCGACAAACUUCAGCUUGAGAAUGCUAGACUCGUCCACGAAAAUGGCGAAAAGAAAUUAGACAACUACUUGAAGGAUUUCGACAACAAGAAAAUCGACUGGGCCGAUGACGUUGAUGAUGAAGAUUUUUAA